AUGUUGCCCAUCAAUACUUUGACUGUUCUGAUCAUUUGCUUUGUCUACUUUUAUAGGACAACGCUCGACGCUUUGAUACCUCUCCUUCGCAAAGAUGCUCAUACUGUCAUUUCCUUUCCCACUCGGGAAUUGACCGGAGGGAGAGUAACUUUCUUAUUGCUAUAUCACAUUGCAAGAAGUCUAUUGCGUCGUAUAGGAUUCGGACCAAAUUUAUCAGUAUCUUCUUCAGUCAAUCAAGAUGCGGAAACAGAACAUCGACUGAAAGGUGUUGACAUCUCGCUUUCAAUGCCAUUCCGAAUCACCUCUCUAGACCUGAAACAAUAUUCGACAUGUAUCUCUCCAUCGGGUAUCCAAAACAAAUAUCAGGACAUUUUACAAGAUAAUGGUCAUUGUCAGUUAAUCCUAUCGGCCUUGACUGAACCUUCCAUGUUAUUGUUAUUGUCAAAAAUCAAUUGUCCUAUUGAUCCUAUUGGUUCAGUCAAUGUAAGAAAUCGGUUAGAGAUCGUUCAACCUGCCUUGUUACUUCAAUCCCUCAACAAACAAUUAGAAGAAAAAUACGUGAAACUUCGAACAACCGCUAAACUCGAUGAAUCCGUAAAAAAGGUGAAAAGAGGUUGGGAAUUUAAGAUCAUAGUAGAACUCCUUUCUGAUAUUGAGGGCACGGCGCUAUAUAGACAGGAAUUUACAAUGCUUCAAUUUCAUAAGCAUUCAUCCCCUCCUGAAUCUAUCAAACCUGACGAAGUCCCCACAGAAGCAAUUGGAUCUUUUAAGAUGGGCGCCGCAGAACCUGGCGAUUGGGCAAAGGUUUCGAGAGAUUAUAAUCCUAUACACACAUCGAAUAUCGCUGCCAAGCUUUUAGGUUUUAAUAGGAAAAUAGCACAUGGAAAUCAUGUAGUAGCCAAAGCUAUCGACAUACUUUCUCAACCAUGUAGUGAUCAACGAAGCUGGAUGGAAGUGGAAUUUAGAAGACCAGUGGCAGUGCCUUCGAAAUUGGAUGUGAGAGCCGCAGAAAUGGACGAGAAUGGGACUACAAGACGAUGGGAAGUAUGGACUAAAGGGAAGGUAGCGACACUCAUAAGUUGUGGGAUAUAA